AUGCAUUGUUUUUGCUCUUUCUGUCUCGCCUUCUUGCCCUCUCUCUUUAUCUCUCUCCCUAUCUAUCACAGUCUUUUCAUAUCUAUCUAUCUAUCUAUCUAUCUAUCUAUCUAUCUAUCUAUCUCAAUCUGUCCCCCUGUGUCUCUCAUAUGUUUUUCUCUCUCUCUAUCUUCUCUCUCUCUUUCUCUCUCUCUCUUUCUCUCUCUCUCUUUCUCUCUCUCUCUUUCUAUCGGUCUGUCUGUCUGUCGCUCUAUAUCUCUCUAUCUCUCAGUAUCGAUCUGUCUGUCUGUCUUUCGCUCUCUCUCUCUCUCUCUGUAUUGGUCUGUCUGUCUGUCACUCACUCUCUCUAUCUCUCUGUAUCGGUGUCUCUUCUGUCUCUCUAUCUCUCUGUAUCGGUCUGUCUGUCUAUCAGUCGCUCCCUUGCUAUAUCUCUCUGUAUCGGUCUGUCUGUCUAUCAGUCGCUCCCUUGCUAUAUCUCUCUGUAUCGGUCUGUCUGUCUGUCUUUCGCUCUCUCUUUCUCUCUCUCUCUGUAUUGGUCUGUCUGUCUGUCACUCACUCUCUCUAUCUCUGUGUAUCGGUGUCUCUUCUGUCUCUCUAUCUCUCUGUAUCUGUCUGUCUGUCUAUCAGUCGCUCCUUGCUAUAUCUCUCUGUAUCGGUCUGUCUGUCUGUCUUUCGCUAUCUCUAUCUCUCUGUAUUGGUCUGUCUGUCUGUCACUCACUCUCUCUAUCUCUCUGUAUCGGUCUGUCUGUCUAUCAGUCGCUCCCUUGCUAUAUCUCUCUGUAUCGGUCUGUCUGUCUGUCUUUCGCUCUCUCGCUCUCUCUCUGUAUUGGUCUGUCUGUCUGUCACUCUCUCUCUCUCUCUCUCUGUGUAUCGGUGUCUCUUCUGUCUCUCUAUCUCUCUGUAUCGGUCUGUCUGUCUAUCAGUCGCUCCCUUGCUAUAUCUCUCUGCAUCGGUCUGUCUGUCUGUCUUUCGCUCUCUCUCUCUCUCUCUCUCUCUGUAUCGGUCUGUCUGUCUGUUACUCUCUCUCUGUGUCUCUCUGUAUCGGUGUCUCUGUCUGUCUGUCUGUCUGUCUGUCUCUCUAUCUCUCUGUAUCGGUCUGUCUGUCUCUCUAUCUCUCUGUAUCGGUCUGUCUGUCUCUCUAUCUCUCUGUAUCGGCCUGUCUGUUUGUCGCUCUCUAUAUCUGGCGCCGUAUUUCUGUCUCCUUUUCUCUGUUUCUAUGCCUGUCUGCCUGUCUUCGUCUAUGUAUGUCUCUGUCUCUCUCUUUCUCUCUGUGACUUUGCCUCUCUCUUUCUCUCCGUCUCUGCAUCUCUUUCUAUCUUUGUAUCUGUAUGUGCGUCUCUCUCUCUCUCUCUCUGUCUGUGCCUCUGUCACUCUCUUUCUCUCUAUCUCUCUAUUUCUCUCUGUAUUUCAGUUUCUCUCUCUGUAUCUGUCCCUCUCUCUCUCUGUCUCUCUUUCUCUCUGUCAGUUUCUCUCUAUCUCUCUGUCUUACCUUCUCUCUCUUUCUCCCUGUUUCUGGAUCUCUCUCUCUCUCUCUCUCUUUGUUACUCUCUCUGUGUUUUUGUAAGCCUCUCUCUCUCUGUGUCCCUGUCUGUCUUUCUCUGUCUGUAUGAGGUUCUAUCUCUCUUUUUCUCUGCCUUUGUCUCUCUCUCUGUAUUUUUAUCUCUCUGUUUCCAUCUCUUUUUCUCUCUUUGUCUCUGUCAGUUUCUCUCUGUCUCCCUGUGUCUCCUUUUCUCUCUUUCUCACUCUGUAUAUCUCUUUCUCUGUCUUUCUCUCUCUCUCUUUCUAUCUCUCUCUUUCACUCCGUCUCUCAAUUUCUCUCUGUAUCUCUGUCUCUGCCUGCCUUCUGUGUCGCCGUCUCCCUCUUUCUCUCUGUGUAUUUGUCUUUCUCUUUCUCUCAGUCUCUGCAUCUCUUUCUCUUUCUACGUCUCUGUCAUUCUCUAUCUGUAUGUCUCUCUCUCUCUGUCUCUCUGUGCCUUUGCCACUCUCUUUCGUCCGUCUCUCUAUUUCUCUCUGUCUCUGUUCCUCUCUCUCUGUCUCUCUUUGUCUCUGGCAGUUUAUCUCUAUCUCUCUGUAUCACCUUCUCUCUCUUUCUUCCUAUUUCUGUAUCUCUCUCUCUGUUUCUGUCAGUCUUUCUCUCUCUGUCUUACCUUCUCUCUCUUUCUCCCUGUUUCUAGAUCUCUCUCUCUGUUUCUCUCUCUCUGUUUCUGUCAGCCUCUCUCUCUGUCUCUGUCCCUGUCUGUCUUUCUCUGUCUCUAUGAGGUUCUAUCUCUCUUUUUCUUUGCCUCUUUCUGUCUCUCUAUAUCUCUUUCUCUCUCUCUUUGUCUCUGUCAGUUUCUCUCUAUCUCUCUGUAUCACCUUUUUCACCCUGUUUCUUUAUCUCUUUCUCUCUCUCUCUGUCCCUGCCUGUCUUUCUCUCUCUGUAUGAGGUUCUAUCUCUCUUUUUCUCUGCCUCUGUCUGUCUCUCUGUAUCUUUAUCUCUCUGUAUCUCUUUCUCUCUCUCUUUGUCUCUGUCAGCUUCUCUCUGUCUGCUUGUGUUUCCUUGUCUCUCUUUCUCACUCUGUGUAUCUCUUUCUCUAUCUUUCUCUCUCUCUGUCUCUAUCUCUCUCUUUCUCUCCGUCUCUCAAUUUCUCUUUGUCGCUGUAUCUCUGUCUCUGCCUGCCUUCUACUUUCUUUCUUUCUUUCUUUCUUUCUUUCUUUCUUUUUUUUUUCUUUCUGUCAUACUUUCUAACUUUCUUCUUCGUCACCCAUUCUCUCUUCUCACAAGUUAUUUCUCGUUACACUUUCUUUCUUUCCUUUUUCUUUGAAAAUUUUCUUUUUUGUCACCUUUUUCCUUCUUUCUUUCCUUCUUUCUUUCUUUCUUUCUUUCUUUCUUUCUUUCUUUCUUUCUUUCUUUCUUUCUUUUCAAGCGAUACUUCUCUCUUUUUAACAUUUCACUUUCUUUCUUUCAUUAUUUGUUUCUUUCUUCUCAAACACUAUUUCACUCUUUUUCUCAUGUCACUUUCUUUCUUUCUUUUUCUAAAAUGA